AUGGUUGAAAAAUGCGGCGCAGAAUUCGAAAAGAUGAAUAUCAGCAAGUUAACUGUGAAGACUGUGAACACUGCGUCAAUAUUGAUCCAUUAUCUGUAUACAUUAGUCUCGGAGGCUCAGAAAAAGUCCAACUGCGACAUUGUCUCAAUUGACUGGUUGUUGGCGUCUGUCAAGCAGAAGAAACCUCUCAACACGAAAGGAUUCCUGAUCAGUGCGCUUGGCGGAAAGCGCCUAGUAUCAACCUCCACUAGCACCACGCCAAAAUCUAGUCCCAAACGCAAGCUGAGCUCCGACGAAAGCGACGACCACAGCCGGCGCACAAAGAGUACAACUGCUAGGGUCUUAGCCAAUCUUGGCAAGCUUUCUGCUAUGGUUGAUAAAGCGAGCCAAACAAAUGACACAAAAAAUCUUGCAGUCUGGAUCAACGACAGUGAUAGGAUCUGGGAUGCCACGUUGGUGGAAACAAUCUCGACUUUAAACAACCCCACAAACCCGAAGAUGACAUCGGCCAAGAUCAUUCGUAUUCAACUGGUCGUUGACAUUCAAACAAACAAGUACGAUACCUGCAUUCGUGAGACCACUUUAACCCGGCAGCACCCCCAGGGCCCCAGCAACCCCACAUGCGUCACACGUACAGUUGACAGCAAAGGUGAUGGCCAUUUAUCACGAGCAAUUACGGAAUUCGAAACCGCUUUUGAGCGGCUCACUGGUCUCACUUGGAGUGCACGUCUGGCACGGCCGAAAGAAUCCAAAGCUAUCUUUAUCCCUUUCGAGAACAGGGAUGCUCAGAUAAAGUAUCUCGCCCAAGGUGAUGAUGGUGUCUUCCAAAGCCUUGAAACCAGCCUGACUCAGUCCUUCAUUGAGCUGUUUGGGCGAGAUGACGCCCCCUUGCCUGACAAGAUCGAAUCGGUUGGUGAGACACGCAGACUGAUUGAAGACCUGGGAGACUUCAAAGCAAUUGAAGGUGCCCCAAUCACACCAGACAAGCUGAAUCCACCACUGUUGCGCCAUGUCUUCAGCCUGUUGAAACUGGCCGCAUUGACCCCAGUGGAUAAAACCACCGACGAGUACAACCUUCUCGCUGGAUACUUCAAAAACAGCUACUUUGCACACCCUGUCACCCUGUCGAAUAUCUUCCGACUUGAACGUCGAGGGGAAGCCGAACAAUUUUCCUCUUGUGUCCAAAAAAUUCGCCCAAGUAAACGCCGUCUCCUUUGGCACGGCUCACCCGUUUUGAAUUUUGCGAGUAUCCUACGACAAGGUCUUACCAUAGGCCCUACUCAAGGAAUAUUCUUUGCAGACCGUUCAGGAAAGUCACUGGGCUAUUGUAGAGCUAAUCGAGGAGAAGACGCAUUCGUGCUCUUAUGCGAGGUUGAGCUCGGCCAACAGAGCCCCUGGCACCACGGAGGUGGGGGGUCAACCUCCAAUUCGUAUACGAUCCGAGGUCAAUCUCACGCAAAUUGGUCUGACGCAGCAUGUGUGCAUCCUGACUUAAAAGGUGCCAAGAUCCCUGCUGUGCACUCAAUUCCCGAUGUUUUCAAGCGCGGGAAAGAGUACAUCGUCUUAAAUCCGGCUCAGAUACGCCACCGAUACAUAUUUCACAUCAAACUGAAAUAA